CCCGGUGGUCGCGUGCCCUCGCUAGCUGAAGGGCUGGGUCCCGGAACGGUCCGUGAGUUCGGCGGCUCGCACCGAAGAUGUCCGCGGAGGAGCAGGAGUUCCCCGACGCGGUCCUGGUGACCGAGGCCGGGCCGCAGUGGCUCCAGGUGGAGGUCGAGCGUCUCACGCGGGAGCUCCGCGACACGACCCGCGAGAAGAUCCAGGCGGCGGAGUACGGGCUCGCGGUGCUCGAGGAGAAGCAGCACCUCAAGCAGCGGUUCGAUGAGCUGGAGACGGAGCACGAGACGGUCCGACAGGAGCUGGAUCAGCUGAAGGAGGCGUUUGGACAGGCGUAUUCAGCCCACAGGAAGGUGGCAGCCGACGGGGAGAGCAGGGAAGAGUGCCUGAUCCUGGAGUCGGCCAGUAAGGAGGCUCUCUUCCAGCAGAAGGUCCUGGAGCUGCAGAAUGAGCUCCGACAGGCCAAGGCCUCCCUGACGGGCGUCCAGGCCGAGAACGACCGGCUGACCUCCAUCGCCCUGGAGAUGAGAGAGACGUGCGAGCUGGCGGAGCUGCAGCGGGGGCAGCUGCGUGACGACAUGAGGGAGUACAAGGUGCGAGAAGCUCGUCUGCUGCAGGACUACAGCGAGCUGGAGGACGAGAACAUCUCUCUUCAGAAACAAGUGUCCGUGCUGCGACAGAACCAGGUGGAAUUUGAAGGUCUGAAGCAUGAGAUCCGCCGCCUGGAGGAGGACUCUCAGUGCCUGCACAGCCAGCAGGAGGAAGCCUUUCGUCUGAGAGAAAUCGCAGAGCGACAGCUGACGGAGGCCCUAGAAACCAUCAAAACGGAGCGUGAGCAGAAAGCCGCUCUGCGCAAGGAGCUCUCCCACUACAUGACCAUCGGCGGCUCGGUGUACAGCGGCUCUUACAGCAUCUCCAUCGACAACCUGAAACUCCACGACGAUUCCUCCGCCAUCACCGAGGCCGACAACGACGAUCUCAUCAGAGGCUUCGAAAACGGCUUGGCCAAGAUGGGUGAAGGUGACGGAGACAACAGAACCGCUGUGAACAAGAGAGGAGAUGCUUUCAAGCCGGCUCCGAGUCUGGUGGACGACCUGCUGAGUGAGCUCAACAUCUCUGAGAUCCAGAAGCUCAAACAGCAGCUCUCGCAGGUGGAGCGGGAGAAAUCCGCCCUGAUCAACUCCCUCCAGGAGAACCAGAAGCACCUGGACCAGGCCUAUGGGACCGUGUCCGAGCAGAAGGAAACGGUCAACCGGCUGACUGAGAACCUCACGGCCAUGCGCAAGCUUCAGGCCAGCAAGGAGCGCCAGUCGGCCCUCGACAGUGAAAAAGACCGGGACAGCCAUGACGACGGAGACUACUACGAGCUGGACAUCAAUGGGCCCGAGAUCCUCCAGUGUAAAUACACCGUGGCGGUGUCUGAAGCCGGCGAGUUGAGGCAGGAGUUGAAGACCCUGAGGUCCCAGUACGAGGAGUGUCGAACCCAGUACGAGGGGGAGCGAGCGCGGCUGGAUAGCGACAUCCAGGAGCUGCGGUCCAAGUUGUCUUCGCUGGAGAAGGUCAGCCAGGCAGACAAAGCACAGGUGGCUCGCCUGGAGAAGGAGCUCCGCCUGGUCAGCGAGUCAGCGGGAGAAUCACUCGGCAGCCUCAAUGUGGCGCAGGAUGAGCUCAUAGCUUUCAGCGAGGAGCUGGCCAACCUCUACAACCACGUGUGCAUGUGCAACAAUGAGACCCCCAACCGCGUCAUGCUCGACUACUACAAGGAAGGAAAGGCCACAGCGAGAAAGGGACACGAAGGGAAGGAGCACCAGUCUUCCAUACUCCUCACUAAUGGGCUGAUCACGGAGGCUGAAUCUGGAGGGUCCUUGCUUGUGCCGGUCCAAGAGCAACGGCCAGAACCCAUGAACGUCUAUAACCUCGUAGCCAUCAUCAGGGACCAGAUCCGCCACCUGCAGCAGGCGGUGGACCGCACCACAGAGCUGUCGCGUCAGAGACUUGCCAAUCUGGAAAUGAGCACGGUGUUGGACAAGGACAAAGAGGCCUGCAUCGGAGAGAUCCUCAAAUUGAAGUCCCUGCUGAGCACCAAAAGGGAACAGAUCGCCACUCUGCGAGCUGUGCUGAAGGCCAACAAACAGACGGCUGAGGUCGCUCUGAGCAACCUGAAGAGUAAGUAUGACAGCGAGAAGGGGAUGGUGACUGAGACAAUAAUGAAGCUCCGCAAUGAACUCAAAGCUCUGAAAGAGGACGCUGCAACAUUCUCUUCUCUUCGAGCCAUGUUUGCCACAAGGUGCGAUGAGUACGUGACCCAGUUGGACGACAUGCAGAGGCAGCUGGUGGCCGCCGAGGACGAGAAGAAGACCUUGAAUUCUCUGUUGCGUAUGGCCAUCCAGCAGAAACUGGCCUUAACGCAGCGCCUGGAGGACUUGGAGUUUGAGCACGAGCAGGAGCGCCGUAACAGUGCCACGGGCAAGACGAAGGCCAAGGGGGCCGCUUCCAGCCAUCAUUAAAUCAAUGCCAAGUGUCCUUAAGGAGGUUCGUCAGGGUGUCUGACCGUGUCCAUUCAUCUGGUUCCUUGACUCUUUAGUCCUGGUCACAUUCAUGUUGUCGAUAACACAAGAACACAUUUGACUGUUGACAAGUUCCACGUUGAACCAGAGAGAGAAAGAUUCAUCGCAUCAGUUGCCAACUGCAGUCCUCCACAAACCCACCAACAAUAUGCACCACUACUAUUUUUAACCUCCGCCAGAAUCAAGUUGUGUGUUUUACUAAUUGCAGAUUGCUUGUGUGUCCUGACUGAGCACUUUUUGUUUCUCACUCGCUUUUAGGCGAUUCCUUUGUUUUUAAAAAAACAUACUAAUUGUUUCAAGCAUUUUAUCAUGUUUUUUACCAGAUGUGCAUGUUUAUCUACCUGUUUCUUGGUGAUAUCAUUUUCAAUAGAUUCAACUUAUUUUUAUCCAUAUUUAUUUUAUAGCAACAAAUCCAGAGUAUGCAGUUAUUCUCUUAAGAAAUUUCACUCACUGGUUGAACUCUGGAGGGGAAAAAGAGAUUAAUACACUUUUCCCAAUGGCCUUAAAUGUAUGGAAGCCUUUCUAUCAGCCCAUAACGACUCUUGUCAAUAUUAUUGAUUAACAAAUCUCUCUCUAAAAAAUAUUUUAUUUCCAUUUCGUGACCCUUCGAAUACAGAGUUCAGUUUGUGCAUCUUACGACACGUUGUGUAAUUGUGUUGCUCGUAUACAUGGAAGAGCUGUUACAAAUCCAAGUAUGAUUGUCAUGACUUGGGAAGAGUAUAAAUGCAAAUGCUUAUUUAAAGAUUUUUAAGUUAAUGUCAGAUAAUAGUAUUCAUAAAUGUUAUUUACAAAGCAGUGUUUUUAAUGUCAUUGGUUUAAUACAAUAUUUUGUAAACCUUUUUGUGUCCUUAAAUCUGCAAACAAGCCUGCAGUACCAUUUUGUGUUACAAGUGCAAUUUGCAAACAUGCCAAGUAGAGGACAACUAAUUGUUUAUGCUAUGUAAAGAAUAUUGUACAUUUUGUUCACAUCGUUGCUCACAUACUUGGUCCUAUUUGUUUGUUUUUACAUUAUCUGCCAAUGUAUUUAUUUGACACUGUCAUCAUCCUUUCAUUUCAUAAGGGACAUAAGAUGUGGCUGGAGAUAAGACCAGACUGAACUUGUGGUAAAACACUCACACAUUCAUGCUUCUGGGAUACUGUCUGUAACGGGAUGGUUGGAGAAAAAUAAAUAACUUUUACAAUAGUGUGAAUGUUGUUCUUCAUGAAUCAAAAAUGG